CCGCCCCCGCUCGCGCUCCGGCUGGAGGCACGCGGGAGGCGGGGGGCGCUCGGCCAGGAGCCCGGCCGCCACGCUGCCCCUCGGUUUGCGGGUUCGCCUCCUAACGCCAGAGCGGGAGGGCUGCGGGUUCUCCUCUCAGCGCCGGAGCGAGCGACGUUCCCCGCCUGGGGCUGCCGGGGCCGCGUGGCCCAGGGCCAUUAUGAGGAUUGAAUGGAGUAUGGUACAUCUGGCACACAAACCAUCCCUCCCUGCCGGGACUCCCGCAGGACUCCAGAGCACCGAUGGCUGCCUCAGAUUAUGGGGCUUCAGGUGCCUCAUCUCCACUGAGCUCCUGAGGGUCCACUGGAUUUAAGUUGUGAAUUCUUUUUGGACACCAGUAAAUAUGGACAUGCCAGUUGGGAGAUAAGAAGAUUGCAGCCAAAAGAAGGACCAUGGCUUUGGAAGGUGGAGUUCGGGCUGAGGAGCCUCUCUGGAUGUAGGAAGCAUAAUCGGGCACCCAUGGAGUGGGACAAUGGUACAGGCCAGGCCUUGGGCUCCCCGCCCACUACCUGCGUCUACCGAGAGAACUUCAAGAGACUACUACUGCCACCUGUGUACUCAGUGGUGCUGGCGGCUGGCCUGCCACUGAAUGCCUGCGUCAUUGCCCAGAUUUGCACAUCCCGCCGGGCCCUGACCCGCACAGCCGUGUACACCCUGAACCUGGCCCUGGCUGACCUGCUCUAUGCCUGCUCCCUGCCCCUGCUCAUCUACAACUAUGCCCAAGGUGACCACUGGCCCUUUGGCGACCUCGCCUGCCGCCUGGUCCGCUUCCUCUUUUACGCCAACCUACAUGGCAGCAUUCUCUUCCUCACCUGCAUCAGUUUCCAGCGUUACCUGGGCAUCUGCUACCCAUUGGCCCCCUGGCACAAGCGUGGGGGCCGCCGCGCUGCCUGGCUAGUAUGUGGGGCCGUGUGGCUGGCUGUGACGACCCAGUGCCUGCCCACAGCGCUCUUUGCCUCCACAGGCAUCCAGCGUAAUCGCACCGUCUGCUACGACCUGAGCGCACCUGCCCUGGCCACUCGCUAUAUGCCCUAUGGCAUGGCCCUCACCGUCAUCGGCUUUCUGCUGCCCUUUAUCGCCCUACUGGCCUGCUACUGCCGCCUGGCCCAUCGUCUGUGCCGCCAGGACGGCCCAGCAGGGCCUGUGGCCCAGGAACGACGUGGCAAGGCAGCCCGCAUGGCUAUGGUGGUGGCAGCCGCCUUUGCCAUCAGCUUCCUGCCCUUCCAUGUUACCAAGACAGCCUACCUGGCAGUGCGCUCUACACCCGGUGUCCCCUGCCCCGUGCUGGAGGCCUUUGCAGCUGCCUACAAAGGCACGCGGCCCUUUGCCAGUGCCAACAGUGUGCUGGAUCCCAUUCUCUUCUACUUCACUCAGAAGAAGUUCCGCCGGCGGCCGCAUGAGCUGCUCCAGAAACUCACAGCCAAGUGGCAGCGAUAGGGUCACUGAAUCCACUGGGGCAGGACACCUGGGGUCGGGGCACUGAAAGCCCUACCAACCCCAAACCGUGCACAGAAUUAAAGCUUAACUCAGCUGGGCAUAGAAUGCGGUCCCCCACAGACUCCAAAAUCUCACCAAUGACUAUUUAUUGAGCCCUUGCUCUGGGCCAGGCCCUGUGGACAUAGAGACAAGCUCUCCAGAAUGUCCCAGCAAGGCCCUGAGAAUCAGGAAAGCCAUGUUAAGCUGCUCACAAAAAUAUAGUGUGGCGUGUACUAUAA